GGCGCCCAGUACAGAGGCCAGCAGUUAGCGACUGGAGCACAGAAGAGCUCCCUGGGCAGAAGCCAUGGCCUGGCCACUUUCCUGCUGGCUGUGGGUUCUGGCAACUCUAGCAGGGCUCUCAGCUACCCCUUCUAAGAGCUGCCCAGAGAACCACUACUGGGCUCUGGGAGGACUGUGCUGCCAGAUGUGUGAGCCAGGAACGUUCCUCAAGAAGCACUGUGACCAGCAGAGACAGGCGGCUCAGUGUGAUCCAUGUAUACCAGGGAUCUCCUACUCACCAGACUACAACUCCCGGCCCCACUGUGAAAACUGCCGGCACUGUAACUCUGGUCAUGUCAUUCGAAACUGCACCCUCACCACCAACACUGUGUGUGCCUGCCCCAAGGGCCAAGAGUGCAGGGACAAGGAGUGCACCGAGUGCGACCCUGCUCCAAGCCCCUCUCCGACCCCUCACCUAUCGCAGGCCCCAGACCAACACCCACAACCCACCCACUUACCGUACGCCAAAAAAAUGCUGGAGGCCAGGACAGCCAGGCACAUGCAGACUCUGGCCGACUUCAGCCCACCUGCCCCAGCUCUCUCGACUCAUUGGCCACGUGAGUUUUCUCCACAUUCCCCACCCCAGGAGAGAAUGCAUGCAGGACAGUCCAAGGGAAAAGCUAGCCCGAAAGCAACUAGGAGUGCAGCCCAGAGGUCCCAGUGCAGCUCAGAUUGCAUCCGCAUCUUUGUGAUCCUGUUUGGAAUGCUUCUUGCUUUCACCAUGGUCGGAGCCCUGUUCCUCCAUCAUCAAAGAAAAUAUGGACUAAACAAAGGAGAAAAUCCAGUGGCAGCUGCUGAGCCUUGUCCUUACAGCUGUCCCAGGGAGGAGGAAGGCGAUGCCAUCCCCAUCCAGGAGGAUUACCGGAAACCGGAGCCUGCUUCCUACCUCUGA